CCAAAACAGGAACACGGCAGCUCCAUAAGAGACCGCAGCGGUUUCAUAAACAGCCGGAGCAUCGCAGCCGGCCAGCGACCAGCGACCAGCGGGCACCAUAAUCAGAGGCUAUUCGCCUGUCCGUGUCGACGCUCACAGCGCUGCCUCAGGGCGACUGACUCGUUCCCCUCGCCUUACAGUUCGACGGAAGGGUGAACAGUGAAUGGAAGAGACUGAGUAGAGUCUGCGUGAGCCGGAAUGAAGAAGUUCUAUUUUGUGGAGCCGGUGUUUGCCGCGUACGCCUUUGCCAGUUUUUUGGGGUAUCCUCUGGUACAGCAGUAUGUGUACCGCCGACUGUGGAAGGACAUUACCAACACCUCUUACCCAGCAAUGAACACUUCUUCCAGAUGUAGCACGAACAGCAGUAAUCAUUCAAGCCACCAAGAAUGGUCAGGACCCCCAUGGACCCUCACAGAGCAGGAGGUGCAGAAAGCCGCUUCACUGUUCUCCAUGUAUUCGGAGCUCUUCUCUUUGAUCCCGAGUCUCCUAGUGACCCUCAUCCUGGUGGCCUACAGUGACCAGCGGGGCCGCAAGAUCACCAUCAUCCUCCCCCUCAUUGGCUCUCUGGUGUACUGCCUGUCCUUCCUUGCCAUAUCCAUCUUCGAGCUCAACCUCUACCUGCUCAUCGCAGCCUCCUUUGUGAGCGCCCUGUUUGGGGGCAUAGGCACCAUGCUGGGUGGCUGCUUCUCCUAUGUGGUCGACCUGUGCGAGGACGGCAAGCAGAAGACCCUGCGCAUCGCUGGUCUGGACAUGGUAUUUGGGCUGGUCUCCGGAGUGGCUUUGGUCUGCACUGGCUACUUCUUGAGGGUGGCCGGGUUUAACUGGCCCUUUUUCACCGCUGCCGUGUGCCAUUUGGUCAACCUGCUGUAUGCAGUCUUCCUUCUGGAGGAAAGCAGGGUGGUUGAAAGAACAGUGGACAGCAGUACUAGUGGCGGAGAGAUGAACAAGCUUACGUUUGGGAUCUAUAACCUCUUUGCCCAGGGCAGCAGGAGAAGGAACGGUCUCUUGGUGCUUCUCAUAGUCAUCUUCUGCUCCUUCAGCUUCGCCAACUUCGGUGGCCUAACUGUGGUUACGCUUUAUGAGCUUAACGAGCCGCUUUGUUGGAGCGAGAUCCUCAUCGGCUAUAGCUCGGCUCUCUCCAUGGUCAUGUUCAUCACCAGCUUCAUUGGCGUGUACGUACUGUCGCGCUGCCUGCCUGACCUGGCCAUCAUCUUCAUCGGGAUGCUGUCCGUCUUCAUAGGCAUGACUGUGAUGGCCUUCGCCAGAACCACACUGAUGAUGUUUCUUGUGAGGAUCCCUAUGCUCCUGGCCAUCAUGCCUUUCCCGGUCUUGCGCUCCAUGUUGUCAAAGGUGGUCUCAAAGUCCGAGCAGGGUGCGCUCUUCGCCUGCGUGGCCUUCGUUGAUAGCCUGUUCACUAAUUUAGGGAGUGCAGCGUUCAACAAUGUCUACAGCAUCACGGUGACCUGGUUCCCCGGCUUUGUCUUCCUCCUCGCUGCUGGACUCUGCCUCAUUCCAAUGAGUCUGCUAUGCGCUCUUCGAUUUUUCCACUUUGAAGAUGGCAGUGAAUCCGAGGGACUCUUGGCAGAAGAGGACACUCAAGUAACAGACAGCCCCCCUGUGGCCUGAGGAGCACAGGGACGACGCAGAUCUCCGCCCCUCUCUGCACCUGCUGGAGGCGUCUCUGUGCUCGGGGACCAUCGCUGCACUUUCAACGUAGUCACUUCUUAAACAGGCCUUUGCACUUUCAGGUCUUCUAUAAAAAGCCAAAACUGCAAGGGGGCAGUGAUGAAAUGAAAAUGAGUAAAUGUAAAAAUAACUUAGCUUAGUAAGGUCAGAGUUGCUCAGUGAGGACAUUCAAAGGGAGGUUGUUUACAUUUCUAAGGAAAUUAAUUAAGUUAGGUGUCUUGCUCAAGGACACUGUAUGUAGGAAAUGUAUCUGUGUUUGCAGAGUGAAGGGUAUUCGAUGCUGUAAGCUGCCAAAACAUCCCAACGCAAGAAGGGCUUUUUCCCACAAAUAUGCAAAUUUUUAACAUGCAGCAAGUUUGCAGGUAAAAUAGGAAAAAAAAAAGAAAGUUGGCUUCACCUCACACAGGUGUUCUGCCUAAAACUGUUAGUUAUUAUUGAUUUAUUAACUCUGUUAACAUGACUGCAAUUUUUUUUUAACCUAUUUUCACAUUUGCAGCGUGAAACAUCCUGGUUCCACCUUUUUCUCUGUAUUUAAAAGGGAGAAAAAAAAAAUCUCUAAAUAGCACUAAUUUGCUGAGUUUUGCAUUGGAAAAGUAAAAUAUGCAGGAUUGUGCGAAUAACUUCAUUUAUUUAAUUUCCAGCUAUUUUCAGUUAUUCGUUAAAAUGACUUAUUUUA